AUGAUAUUAAUAUUAGUAGGAAUUCUUCAAGGAGCAAUUCAAGAAGUAAUUCAAGAAGUAAUUCAAGAAGUAAUUCUAGAAUGGCCUAUAGAACAACAAAAAAUAAUAAUAAUGAAUACUCCUGGAUCAUUAGUUCUUGGAUGGGUGACACUUAUAUUAGCUGGCGGAGGAGCAUAUUAUUUUGCAAAAAAAGAUAUUGAUGCAAGAAGAAGAGCUCAAAAUUUGGCUAAAAUUAGACCAGAAGAAAAAUUAGAGUGGUGGGAAAAAAUUGAACGAGAUUCCAAGAAAGAUGGAUCAACUUCAACAUCUAAUAGUACUAAUGUUAACAAUCCUAAAACUAAUGGCAAUACUAGCAGUACACCAAAAACUUCUGUUGGUGAUAAAACAUAG